AUGCAACAAAAAGAAAAUAGUACUAAAAAUACGCAGGGAAACCGCUUACAUACGUUGCUGGAGAGGAGUCAAGUGCGGCAAAAAACCCCAUGCAAUUUCAAAAAGUCGUGGUCAAAGGUUAAUCCCAUCACAUUAACCAGCUGCCAUCCCUUACACUUCGGGCUGCAUCCCUCGUCUCCACCCCACAACAAAGCACUCCCUCCUCCCACAUCCGCUCUUUUUUGCCAUCACUCUUGCGCGUCCCCAUCCCGGACGCCGAGUGGGCACCUCCACCGCCGCCCCCGCCCCCGCCGCGACGCCGCCAUGUCUACCGUCCACAUGAUUCCCUUCCAGCUCUUGGAGAUCACCCUGCUGUCCGCCCAGGACCUCGCCCCUGUCUCCAAAUCUAUGCACACCUACGCCGUCGCCUGGGUCCACCCCGAACGCCGACUAACCACGCGCGUCGAUCAGCAGGGCAGGGCCAACCCCACCUGGAAUGACAAGUUCGUCUUCCGCGUCGACGACCACUUCCUUGCCUCCGACACCUCCGCUAUCAUGAUUGAGAUCUACGCCGUCUCCUGGCUCCGCGACGUACGCAUCGGCACCGUCCGCCUCCUCGUCAACAACCUCGUCUCCACCUCCACGCGGACAUCCGACGGCCUCAGCACCACCCGCUUCGUCGCCCUCCAGGUCCGCCGCCCCUCCGGUCGACCGCAGGGCAUCCUCAACGUCGGAAUCACCCUCCUCGACAGCGCCAUGCGCAGCAUGCCCCUCUACACCGAACUCAGCGCCUCCGCCGUCGGGUUCCAGGACUUGAUCGACGGGAAACUGCACAAGAAGCAAAAUCCCGUCGAAGAAAAGGAUAAAGAGAUCAAGCCUGGCGAGUUGCGGCGCACCCAAAGCGAGCGAACCGAAAACACGAAACCUCAUCAUUUCCCGGCGAGGCCGGGGAGUUCGAUAUGCAACGGGUCAAUUUACAACGGAGAUUCGAUUUGCAACGGGUCCAUGAUCAACGACGGCGGCGGCAUGGGGUCUGUCGGCGGGUCGAUUGUGAACGGAGGCGGUGGAAAUGGGUCGAUUUGUUCGGACGUGGGGCCGUCGCCGUCGGUUGUGGCUGCAGCGGUUGCGAAGGGUUUGUAUCUUCCGCCGAGGAUAACGAGGAAGGACGCGGGGAGCUCGUUGAUAUUGGAUGAUUGGACGGUGGAGAGUAGCGUGGAGGGGCUUAAGUCAAAGUUGGAGAGGUGGCGAACGGAGCUACCGCCGGUACACGAUCGCGGGGAGCGAGUGGCGGUGAAGCCGAGAAGGAAUCAGCGGCAUGCACGGCGGCACACUGACGGAGGAGGAGGAGGAGGAGGAGGAGGGUUGUUUUCAUGCUUUGCAAAUGCGUAUGGGUGUGAGUUCUCCAUUACGUGCGGGACCAAAUCUAAGAAGAAGUAUAGGAACGGCAAGGCUCCUCUUAAUCGUGAGGAGGAGGAUAACCUAAGCCAGUCCUACAUAUGA